CCGAUGUGUCAUUUUUCGUAUUCACCCUUCCUCUUCGCUUUUCAACUUUAUAAAUGAGUUCAUCGUUUCCUGAACAAUUGGAUACAGACAGCGAUGACUUGGACUAUGAUCAUGAAAUGAAUGCACUGGAGGAUGACGAAGAGGAUUGGUGGGAUGCUGAAGAAGAAACAGCACAGACAUCGCAAGCAUCCAACGUCGAGGAUGUAAAUACCAGUAAUACAACAGAACAGCGCACGAAUGGCACUUGCGAAGCCGAACUACGAAAAAAGAUUCUGGAAAUUCAAAAGGAUAGCAGUUUAGCUCCACGAGAAAAGGCUCGACAGAUGCAGUACUUGCUGUCCCAUGGCACACUACCUCCUACUUCUGUCGACGGGUCGCCCAACAGUUCCACCCGACAGGCCUUUUCCGACGAUAAGAGUCGAUCAGUAUCAUUCAAUAACAAGGACGAAGGCAUUCUUGGAUGCAAACAUUACCAGCGUAAAGUAAAACUUCAGGCCAAUUGUUGUGGGAGGAUAUUCUCUUGUCGAUUUUGUCAUGAUGACAAUAGUGAUCAUGCCAUCGUUCGAACCGAGACAAAGAAUAUGUUUUGCAUGCUGUGUAUGACCUUGCAACCGGCCGGUCAGGUAUGCCCCAAUUGCAAUGAACAGGUCGCGCGUUAUUACUGUGAUAAAUGCAAACUUUGGGAUGAUGAUCCCAAGAAAUCGAUUUAUCAUUGUGACGAAUGCGGUAUAUGUCGUCAAGGCCGAGGAUUGGGUGAUGAUUAUUUUCACUGCAAGAAGUGCAAUAUCUGUAUGACGAUCACCAUGAAGAAUAAGCAUCGAUGCAUUGAACGAAAUCUUGAGAGCGAUUGUCCAAUCUGUGGCGAGUACAUGUUUACUAGUACCACCACGGUCAUAUUCAUGCCGUGUGGUCAUUGCAUCCAUCGACUUUGUUAUACAGCUCACAUUGAAAACUCGUACCAAUGCCCGACGUGUCUAAAGUCAUUGAGUGAUAUGUCGGCUUAUUUUGCACGACUCGACCGAGAACUCGAACGACAACCGAUGCCGCCCGGAUUUGAAAAGAUUGUAUCUCACAUUUUUUGCAAUGAUUGCGAGAAAAAGUCGGCAGCCAGAUAUCAUUACGUGUAUCAUAAAUGUGGUCACUGCGGAAGCUACAACACCACGGUAUUACGUACAGAAAACACAGCAGAAUCGGCAACAAACCGGACACAAGACGAAGAUGACAAUGAGAAUAAACCCUCCACGGCUCCUGUUCCAGAAUCCUCGACCGAUCCAUUGCGGUUACCAUCGAGAUCUGAGCAAGAACGGUUGCUUCCCUCCACUUCAGAGGAAUCGAAUCAUACGAGAAGUAUAGAUCGGUUCUCGUCUCUGGAAUUACCGCCUUCUCGAUCAUCUCAAGGUGCGCGUCGUGAAGAUGCUGAUUUCAACGACGGAUGACGUUCUUCAGUCACUAUAGAAAAAGAGGAUGACCAAAAAUGAAAUGGGAACAAAUUGCCAAUUUGGUUAUAUCCGUGUAAGACACGAUAAGGUUUUGGCAAUGUAAUGUUUAUGUAUUCCAAGAUAUCAUACCUAAAUUAAAGACGAGUUCUUGCAAACGAG